GAACUGGGCCCGGCUCGCCUCUAGUAGGAGCGCGAGCCAGCGCGGUGGAAAGGACUGCAGAGGGGACUCGCUGGGUUCCCAGCCAGAUCCGACGGAGAUCCGGAAGUGGCGCUCGCCAUCUCAACGGUAAGGGAACACCAGGGGGCGGUGGGAGAGAGGGAUUGGGCUCCGCGAGGAGCGAAUGAAACUCCGCAAAAGGAAGUUCCUUCGGAGAGGCAUCGCACCCGGAAGUGUGGCAAGACAGCAGCCGCACCCGGAAGUGUGAUGCUCCCGCGGCUACGGGAAGUAAUGGUACCUGGCCAGUUGAGAUACCGGGUUAAAACAGGGAUGUGCAGAUGGAGGCCGGAGGAGACACUGCUGCCCCUGCCCCCGGGGACUCGGAGGAUUUGGAGGACACGCAGUCCCCCAGGGAAGAGGCUGGUGACAGUGGAGGAGUUCACGAGGACCCGCCAGAUCCCAGAGACGAGGGCCUGGAGGAAACAGGAUCGGAGACCAAGGACCAGCCACCCGGUUUGCUGUCAGCACUGCCCCAGCCGGAGGCCCCAUCAUGUACCUCUCAGCUCUGGGAUCCUGCAGCCUCCGAGAAUAAUCCCUUGGGUGACCCCGAAAGUGGCUCUGGGGGCCAGGGUGGAGACCCCAGUGAUGAGGACUGGCGCAGCAAGAGGAAGCAUGUGUUUGUGCUGAGCGAGGCAGGCAAGCCCAUCUACUCGAGGUACGGUAGUGUGGAGGCGCUGUCCACUACCAUGGGUGUGAUGACAGCCCUCGUGUCCUUCGUGCAGAGUGCAGGAGAUGCCAUCCGCGCCAUCUAUGCUGAGGACCACAAGCUGGUGUUCCUCCAGCAGGGCCCACUACUGCUGGUGGCUGUGUCAAGGACUCCUCAGUCAGCAGCCCAGCUGAGGGGGGAGCUGCUAGCUGUGCACGCACAGAUCGUGAGCACGUUGACACGUGCAAGUGUGGCCCGCAUCUUUGCCCGUAAGCAGAACUACGACCUCCGCCGCCUGCUGGCUGGCUCGGAGCGCACACUAGACCGGCUACUGGACAGUGUGGAACGGGACCCAGGUGCCCUGCUCCUGGGCGCUGUGCGCUGCGUGCCCCUUGCUCGCCCGCUGCGGGAUGCACUAGGUGCACUGCUCCGACGUUGCACAGCGCCCGGCCUGGCACUGUCUGUGCUGGCGGUGGGUGGUCAACUGGUGACAGCAGCCCAGGAGCGGACUGUGCUGGCUGAGUGCCGGCUGGACCCAGCCGACCUGCAGUUGCUGCUCAACUGGGUGGGUGCACCGGCCUUUGCGGCAGGGGAGGCCUGGGCACCUGUGUGCCUGCCCCGCUUCAACCCCGACGGUUUCUUCUACGCCUACGUGGCCCGCCUGGAUGCCACGCCUGUCUGCCUGCUGCUACUCAGCACCGACCCCGAGGCCUUCCAUGACAUGGCUACCUGCCGGCGCCUGGUCGAAGAUGGCAUGCACACCCUUGGUGCCAUGCGUGCCCUUGGGGAGGCUGUCAGCUUCUCUGUUGUCCCAUCAGCCAGUGCCCCUGCCUACAGUGUGCAGGCUGUGGGGGCAUCCGGCCUGCGGCACUUUCUCUAUAAACCGCUGGACAUCCCCGACCAUCACCGCCAGCUCCCCCAGUUUACCAGCCCGGAACUAGAGGCCCCGUACAGCAGCGAGGAGGAGCGGCAGCGCCUGUCGGACCUGUACCACCGCCUGCAUGCGCGUCUCCACAGCACCUCCCGGCCCCUGCGCCUCAUCUACCACGUGGCUGAGAAGGAGACGCUGCUGGCCUGGGUGACCUCCAAAUUUGAGCUCUAUACCUGCCUCAGCCCCCUGGUGACCAAGGCAGGUGCCAUCCUGGUAGUGACCAAACUCCUGCGCUGGGUGAAGAAAGAGGAGGAUCGGCUCUUCAUUCGUUACCCACCCAAGUACUCCACACCCCCUGCAGCCCCAGCUGCCUCUACGGACCAAGCUUCCCACAAUGGCUUAUUUCCUGGACCUUGAGAGGCAGAGCUCCCAGAUUGGGCAGUGCUGGGAACAAGCACCUUUGGCUUUUACCCUUCUGUCUGCACGUUGGAAAUGGGGUGGGCAGGUGUGUGGGGGGGUUGGUGGGUGAUGAUGGUGUCUGUGGCUCGGCCUUCUCUCCCUGGGCAAUGGGGCGAGAUCUGAGGGCCUGCCCACAAACGAGAAGUGGGUGGCAGCCUGACUGCACACAGGUGAGGAGGCUGUAUCCCCAGCCCCCUCAUGCCCCUCUACAGAGAACUCCUUAAGCCUCCUCCCCUCCCUCUGCCUCACCUCCUCCAUUUGGAUGAUGCCCCAGCUUCUGUCAGGGGCUGUCUCCUCCAGUCCUAGGCCCUACACCCUCUUCCCGCAUCCAGAGUCUGCCUGCUUCUUGAGUGUCCAAGGCUGGCCAAGGUCUCUUUGGCUGGCCCAUGGGGGUUCUGGAAUUGGAAAUGCAGGGCCAACCUGUGCUGGGAACUGGCCUGAGAAUAUUUUAAAGAAAAAAAACUGGGGGCCAGCCGAGUGGCUCAGUUGGUUCAGAGCUCGCUCAAGAGUGUG